GGACGAGAGCAAAAUCAUAAUAAUAACAUGUCAUACGAAUAUUACCUCGUAUUACCAACUCAACUCUACUACUGACUGAGUAAUCUCGAGAUUCUCAAGUCUACUCGUGGCACUCGUUUGACGGCUCACAGACAAGGCAAGCACUUAGGAUUAGCAAAAAUGAAGAAGUCAGACUGGAUUCUCUUGUUGUGUACCCUUUUCGUGGGGGUCAGGGCCAACUGGCUCAGUGACCAGAAAAAUGACAAGGGGGGAGAGUCGGACAGUAGCAGUGAUGAGAGUUCGGAGGCGUUCACUCCGUUCAGCGUCAUCACGGGACGGAUUCGAGACUCCUCAGACGAACAGGACAGGUCGCCACUUCGUCAUCACGUCGACUUGGAGGCAAUGUUUCCUGCCCUUGGUCCCGACGAGGACCUCAUGGCCACGUCGGGUGAGCAUUAUCACAACCUUUGGGCCUCCCACCCACCACCUCGACCUUCGGAAGCGGUGGAGCAGGACGAUGAGAAUGAUGACUUGGUAGUCCCAGACUUUUCCAACCUCUACGCCCAGCUCCCAAGGAUAGGCGAAAACCAGCUUGGUGACCAACAACCCUGGUGGCAGAUGCUGUAUCCACCUCAGGAGUGGUGGAAGGGGUCGAACGUCUGCAUCAAGCGAGAAGAGACGGAGGAGAGCUCCACUUCAGGUGGAGAAGCGAUUCCCGGACAAACCUCGUCCUCCGACAUGACGAGGAGAAGGGGCGGAGGUGUCAACAGAGAGCACGCCUUCCACAUGCAGUUCUCCUCUUGCGAGAACUUGGACACUCGCUACGCUUGCACAACACGUCUCUACGGACCUCUCAUCAUAAAAACUAUUAGCACCGUUUACGAGUGUUGCAAUGGGUAUGCGUUGGACUCGGCCAAAUCUGGGUGCACACGAGGCCAUCACAAGAAUAUUGUCGAGACGAUUGAGCAACUCGGAGGGUCGGAAUUUCUCCGCCUCGUCCGCAGCGUCACCGGUUUGGAGGAGAGGCUGACCGGAAGAGGGGAGAAUCUCACCAUUUUCAUGCCUAACAACGACGCGGUGCUUCGUUCCUCCUCGAACCACUUCCUUCCGCUUUCCACGUCCCCCCACCCACGUCGACUCCCCCGCAACAUUCUACGUCACCCUAACAAUGUCCCAGCCGGGAGGAAUGUGAGACGUCGUCCCACUGACAACAAUGAAAUGUAUCCUGUCCCCUUCGACGAACUGGGUGCAGCACAAGAGGUCACCUUUGAUGACGACGAUUUGUUCGUUGUCAAAAAGCUGGACAGCAACAUGGUGUUGGAGCCUUCGGAGCCUGAGACGUCUUUGGCAGACACGCUGCUCAACCAUUUCGUCUCCGGCGUGCUGAGCACGGACGAUUUUGUGGAUGAGAAGGUCAUUUACAGUGAAAAGAGUGGGGGAGGAGGUGGUGAGAAUUCUGCACGUGGUGGAGUCCUGCGCCUCAACACGUGGUCAGUGGGAGCAGAAACGGUGAGAACUGUAAACUGUGCUCGGCUUAUCUCUUCCAACAAUCGCUGCACGAAUGGGAUGUUGCACGUGGUGGAUAAACUUAUCACUCCGGUUGUCCAAAGUAUUUACGACGUCCUGUCCACUCGGUCCGAGCUAUCAGUCUGGAACUCGCUGGUGAUCUCUUCCAAGGAAAUAUCCGCCCUAAUUCGUGACAAGAACCAGCACUUGACCUUAUUUGCGCCCACAAACGCUGCUCUGGACAAAGUUGGGCCUGCACUUAUGAUUAAACUACGGAACGGAGACUCCUGUCUCAAGCGGAUUCUGUCCCGACAUCUCGUACCCAUCACCUUCUGCGCCAGCAUCAUCCACGCGACGGGCCAGGUGAGGACGAUUGAGCACGACCUGCUCGACGUGGAACGCGCCCCGGGAGACAAACUCUUCAUCAACGGAUCUCAAAUCAUUGUCCGAGACAUUGUUACCACGAACGGUGUGGUGCACAUCAUUGACGCUGUUCUGCUCUCCAACAACGAUAAGCCGAUGAGUGAGGUUCUCUCUGAGCAGGAAGGAUUCCGCUCCUUUUCACAAGAAAUUCGGAGGCUGGGGCUUAUCUCAGAAUUUGAUGGUUGCAACAAUGUGACCCUCUUCGUCCCAAGUGACACGGCUUUUGCUGCACUGUCUCCGGAGAUUCGCAAUAAUGAUGAGAAACUACGAAAUGUGCUCAGAUAUCAUGUCGCAUCACCGGAAAUUCGAGCGUGUCACUUUUCCCACCAAGAACUCCUCCCCAGUGCUUUGCUAACCAAUGUUUCGUCAAUUCGGAUCAAUCUGUACUCCUCCUUUCCCCUUGGCUCGGACGUGACGACGACUGCAUCUUGCGCUGUCCUGACGAGGACCAACAUUGUUGGAUGUGGAGGUGUGGCCCACUCGAUUGACCGCGUCCUCUCCCCGACCUCGCUCACCCUCGACAUUGUUGCCAGUCUCAAGGCAAACUCGAAUUUCUCCAUUUUUAGCCGACUCCUUUCCGAAAAUGAAGAAUUGUUCCGUACUCUGCGGUCUAAAACAUCAUUUCACACCCUGUUCGUCCCCAGCGACGCCGCGUUCCAAGCCCUUCCCCAGCAGCAGCUUGCAUUAAUUUUGAACAAUCGUGACGAGGCGGCUCGUGUCCUCAAGCGGCACAUCACUUCUGACUCGCUUUGCUGCGCUGGUGUGCCAACACGCCUCUACUUUGUGUACAAGAGGGUUGCCACCCUGGGCGAAAUCAACGUUCCCGUCUACCGCGAUCCAAGAGGCCAGGUUGUGUUUGGAAAUGGGCUCGUCACUACCUGUGACCUGAUCGCUUCAAAUGGAAUCAUUCACACGGUGGAUAAGGUGAUGGUCAGACCAACCUUACCGACGCCUGAACCAGAUCGCAGCAUGAGCAGAAGCAGCCCCACGACGCUCGGAGGACGAGACAGCCUGGACGUGGAGCUUUUCUUUUUAAGACUUUAGACUAUUCAUUGAUUUGUCUGUUCAAAAGAUGGAAAUAGUGGUCGUGUUUAACCUUACAUAAUAAAGAGAAGAUUAAUAAGAGA